UAUUUUCAUCCGCAGGUUUUUACCGGAGGUAUUUCUAACCAGUUGUACGGUUACUAUCAGGAGGGUAAAUUUAAGGAAGAUGUAAUUCUGGUGAGGAUUUAUGGUCAAGGAACAGAGCUUAUGAUAGACAGAGAUGUUGAAAAACAAAAUAUACAGCUUCUAAGUGCAGCCGGAAGAAGCCCACCUCUUUAUGCUUCAUUUGACAAUGGCAUAGCAUAUGGUUUUAUUCAGGGUUGUACCCUUGAUGAGAAAACUAUACGUGAUGAAAAGAUCAGGAAGUAA